CCCCCGGCGUUCUAACACGCAGUCGAGGCGUUCCAAAGCGUUCCAACGCCCGCUCUCGGCGUUCCGGCACGUUCCAUCGCGCCGUCCCGCCGUUGCAGCGCCAUGUCGGGGCCUAACGGGGAGCCGCACGUGACGGCGGGCGCAGCCGGGCGGGACGACGGCGGCGACGAUGACAGCUUCGGGGAGGAAGAAUACGCAGCAAUAAACUCCAUGCUAGACCAGAUCAACUCUUGCUUGGAUCACCUGGAGGAGAAGAACGAUUAUCUACAUGCCUGCUUGAAAGAACUGCUCGAGUCCAACCGCCAGACCCGCCUGGAGUUCCAGCAGCAGCAGCAAAGUGAGCAGCAGAAUAUGGGAGACAAUGUGCAAGAUUAGCAGGCAGAGCCUGCUGCCUAGUUGACUGGCCACAACCUGUCAGUUAUUAUCACUAAGGGGACAUCUACUCGUUGCUGAUUUAACGUAAAACUCGAAUAGAAGAGUACUUCCUACCUGUUAUGUGUCCCUUCCUGUGGUUGUGUCCUGGUAUUCACCUCUACGUUCUGCAAUGUGAUGUAAAAUGUGAUGUAAAAAACACUUGCAGACAUCUUAGACCAGGCUCUUCUAUCCCCUUCCAAGCAGAUGAGACAAGCCACUGCUGUGAUGUUUUUGACUGUUGUAAUUGGCAGCUGCCUACCUCCUUAAGCCGCCAUUAAGGUCUCAGGCCUUAGAGAGAAGCAUAGCAGGUGGUUAGCUCCCACCACAAUGACAGCUGUAUAGAGAAAGGAGAUGGGGUCUGCCUGCCAUGGGCUGUGAACAGUGCUCCAUGUACAUUUGGCAAGAGUAUGCAUUGAGCUUUGUGGUCUGAAGUCUUACGAACCUGUCAGAAUGGCCUGGAGCCAACAUGGUAAAGUGAAUCUUACUACAUUGUUCUACUUUUGUACAGUUAAAAGUUUUUUGGGGAAGUUAGGAAGUUAUUUAUUUAAAAAAAUAAUUGUUUUAUUAAAAGGUUUUGAAACAAAAUUUGUUCCUAAAGCCUUCAAUAUGAAAACAGACCGUCUUAAGUCUUGUACUGUUAACAGAUGACCAAGACACACAUCCUUGCCUAGCUCAGGAUACAGUCCUGGUCCAGGAGUGCGCAUCCUUGAAAGAGAACUUGUUUGAGGAGCAGAAUGUCUCAACUGGACAUACAAUCGAGAUUAACUACCUUUCUAACUGGAAAGGAAACUGAAAGGAGCUACAGAGGUUUCUUAGGGGAAAAAUCAGAGUACGUCCAUCUAAUCCCUGAACCUUGUCUCUAUGAAAAUCAGAUCACCACCUUCUUUCAGGUUCAACAACCCAAGCCUCAGUCUUUCCACAGAACUAAUGUAUCCCAACUGUACGAGUAAUAGUCAACACCAUUCUGUAUUAGACACGCUAAAGCCAGGCUUAUUUUAUUCUUAAAAUAAAA